CAGCUGUUUGUUGUGAUUUCAUCGCUAAAAAUAUCAGCGGUUUUCCAGCAAAGGAGCAAAGUUUGCUGCCUUGGUGCGUGACGAAUAUGUGCGGAGUGUUUUCCUUCCAGCGAAUCAUCCACACCCUUUAGUGGCAACUCGCUGGCCAUGAAAUAAUCGUACCGCUGCAAUCGUGCAAUCGAUCCGAACAGUGUGUGUGCGUGUGCGUGUGUGGGCAACUGGAACAAAUGCUCAAACUACGCCACUAGUUUGUUGUUUUGCUGCACAGUACACGAGCGUCGAUCGAGUGGAAAAUGAGUACCCGGCCAAGCCCUGCACCCUUCAAGCGAUCGAUCGAUGGACUGUUCAACGUGUGGCUGAACCUGCGGAACCAGGGCCACGAGAAGCCACUGCGCAACGCCCUCUACAAUGUGCUCGUCGUCGGGGUGAUCGCGGUCGUGAUCGGCGUCACCCUGGUGCUGGCCCCCUUCUUCAAGCCGCUACUGUGGGCGUUCCUGUUCGGGGCGGUGCUGUUUCCGGCCAAGAAACGGCUCUCCGCCUCGCUCAAGCGCUGGAUCGAGCGAAUCGAGAAGGAUGACAAAUACCUGUUGCUGGGUGUGCUGAGUGCGCCGCUCUGCUGGGUGGAUUCGCUGGGCGAGUUUCUGACCGGCUGGCUAAAGGAGCAUUUGAAAAUCAUCACCGGACUGGUGGGCGGGCUGGUAACGCUGCGCUUCAUACUGUGGCUAACACCGAGCGAGGUGUUUUUCUCCAUCUGGAACUUUAUCGUGUGGAUCCAUUCGCUGUUCCGUACGCUGCUCGGGUCGCUCUCGCUGCAGAUGGUGGUCGUGAUACUGGUCGUGUACGUCGUCAGCGUAUACUUCCUCUGGACGCCGGACCAUUCGCUGCCCUUCCUGGUGAUUGGACAGUUUCUGUGGAUGGUUAUCGUCGGGUACGGGAGCAGCUUCCUCGGAGCACUGCAGGUGCCCGUAUUUCUCGGCCUACUAACCUACGGCUUGAUAGGGUUGAUUUACAACCUACAGAAAGAUGAGCGCAACGUGCGCUUCAUCGACAAAUGGCACAGCCUACUGGACGUGACCAGCUACCGGUUGGACGAUUCCUCCGUCGCCAUGAACGCCCAUGCCCAUCCGGAAGCAUCGAGAAUAGAGGAAAUUAAAGCGAAACUGCAUCUAGACGUUUCAGCGACCCCGCAACUUUCCAGCACGAUGAACGAAACGCCCGGUCACGGUAGUACCUAUCCGGCCAGCAUGCUAACAAACGUGGAAUCGCUCGAAAGCGACACCUACUUCCGGCUGCUGUUUUACGCGUGCGGUGCCACGCUUGUUUGGAUGCACACGUGGCUACUGUUCCUGUGCUGUAUUCCCAUCUUCCUGCACAUCGUACGGAAGGCGGCCGAAUUGUUGGGCAUCGUUGCGUACGUAUCGCAGCAGGCCGAUCACUACUGGCUAAUGCUAAAGCUGUGGCUGUUUCCACGCCAUGCUGCUCUGCUUCCGCUCUGUUUGCCGGGAAUAUUACGGCUGAACACAAACAUUCACCGCUACGCUUGUGCUAAGCUGCGCUCGUACAUUGACGACAUCACUUCGAUCGUGAUGAUUGGCUUCCUGAUCGUGCUCGUCAUGCUGAUCAGUGUGUUUGCCUUCACGCAAAUCUACUCGGAAGCGAUAGCGGUCGCACAGCUAGGCUCGAAUCUUGUCAACCGCACGCUUAUACACCGACCGGAACUGAUUGAAAUGUUACCAAUCGACAUGCAAUCGAUGGACAACAUCAUCGACAACGCGUACAAGUACGGUCGCUCACAUAUCGAACAGUACGUCGAUGGUAUCUUCAACGAUACCGAUCCGACACAGGCAAUCAAGCUGAAGAUGCAGAUCCUUAGCGUUUGGGACCGGCUGAUACAGAGCUGGAUGGACCGGAGCAAUGGCGAGGGCCUGGUGGGACCGCGGGUUCCCGCCCAAGCAAUUCGCAUGACAAUAGAUGAGAUUUUUAUAAAUCCAAUCACGAAAGCUGGUCUUAUUGGUUUCAUCAAGAGCAAUUUCGGGAUGCUCUGGGAGGUGGCUGAUUCGCUGUGGAUGCUGUUGCGAACUAACCUGACGCUGCUGCUGUCCGCGGUCGGCACCCUGGUGUCGGCCAUUCUAGGCGGUGGGCAUGCAGUUUUGAAAUUUUUAUUCCACACGAUCAUUUUCUUCACCACCCUGUUUUAUCUGCUGCAAAGCAGCCAGGAUCGAUACGCACCAACGGCCAUUACCAUCAACAAUUCAUGGGGCCCGCGCAUCAUACAAGCGCUGGAAGACUCGAUAUCGAGCGUCGUCGUAGCCACGCUAAAGCUUGCCCUGUUCCAUGGACUGUUUACCUGGCUGACGCAUACCGUGUUUGGUGCGCACAUCGUCUAUCUGCCGGCAGUGCUGGCCUCAAUACUGGCGGCCGCCCCCUUCCUCGAGACGUACUGGUGCAGUGCGCCCGCCUUUCUCGAUCUGUGGCUGUCGCAGGAUCGGUUUUGGCUUGGCGUCACGCUGGUGCUGAUACACUUUAUCGUCCCGUCCAACUUCAAUCCGAUCAUACAUUCGGAGAUAAAAGGUGGUGGCCAUCCGUACCUGACGGGACUGUCAAUUGCCGGUGGAAUGUACCUGUUCGGGCUGGAGGGAGCUUUGCUAGGGCCGCUAUUGCUUUGCUUGCUAGUUGUUUUGUUUGAAGUUACCAUUAGCGCUAUCCGAGAUAGCCCGGCCACGCCGCAAACCAGAAAAUCUAGCCUAGACACAAACAACGAUAUCUAUUCACCCGCGACGACUUUGUGCCAAGAAUGGCAACAGUUCGUUCGCCAAGGGGAUUUGUAAGUAGUAACAGGUAGGGUAGGGUAGUUGAGUAGUGUAGUUCCAGGUUCGUGGCCAAUCAACUGACAAUGCUGCAGCACCUCGUGCGCAGUCGGCUCCUUCUUCUCUGGCGCAAGCCUUCAAUCCUGAAAUCGUAGCAUGAGCAUGAGAUGAAUGUUUCUUUCGUAAAAUCCCUACCAUCUAGCUAAGCCAUCCACACUCUUUCAUUUGCAUUCUCAUCGUUUAAUUUUCAUCAUAUACCAUAUCACCGUUAGCAAACCGACCACCGCUCCAUCGGCUGCCUAUUUGAUGCGGACCAAAGAUGGCAAGUUUCUAAACUCACCGCUGACCAUGAACUGCACCACAUCGCCCAUGUGCAUGACGGUGCGCGGCACCCCGUUACACUAACGCGCCUCCUAACCGUUCGCUUGGCUUGGUGUGCAUCAACUUCCUUCCCCGUUUUAAUCCACUAAACAGCUCAUCUCACCAUUGACACAUACUCAUACGAUCCGAGCUUCUUUGGCACCUAACCAUACCCCAUGAAAAGUUCUCGUUGUUCGUUAUUACCUACCGUGUGUAUUUUAUGCUUGUGUAUCCUUCACCCCUUACCCCAUUUACCUCCCCCCCCCACCCCUCGUUCCAUUGUGCAUGUAAUUGCAUUCCGCAACCAAUCAUGCCCCUCCCACCAAUGUCCCAGCAGCAAUUUCCGGUACGCCGCAUUCCAGGAGCAGAUGAGCGUGGACGGACGCGGUGCUGCUGCUGCUGCUGUGGCACCGGCGUCGUCGGCAGCAGCGGCGGCACAAUCUGGGACUAGGACGACCAAUGCCGCCGGGGCUGACUGUUCCGUUGUUGAUCGGGCCACGCUGCAAUCGCCACCCGCCAGGACGUAGGACGUCUUAAUGUGUGUCCUUGCUUAAUGUAUUAAUCAACCGAGAUGAAUCUGAUGGACGGAAGAAAGGCUUACGCGAAAGGAGGGAACUUGUUGUGAUAAAAAAAAGAACAAUGCAUACAAGAACACACUCACAGAUGGUUAUACUAUGUAUGUAGGCUUUAUUUAUGUUUACUGCUGGUUUGGUUUUGUUUAACCAACACGAUAGAAUAAGCGAUGCAGGCAAGCUACUAACGCGCGUGAAAGAGUAUUUUUAUCCAAAGCGAAUUUAACGUGUGACCUAACCAAUUCUAGUGUAAGUGCGCAAUAAAAUGGUAAUGUAUGGAGAUUGA